UUUAACCCAUGCCUAAGCGUUUUAAAUUUUUAUAUUUUUUCAGUUCAUAACUAUCGUCAGUUGGCCAGUGAUCUCCUCGUGUUCUCAAAGAUUAUUUUUGAAUUAAUCAAAGUGUUAUUUGACAAAACAAAAACUGGAGCCACCAUUGCAAUGGAUUGGAUGUUCAACCACGGCACGUUUGCUCUUUGUUGUUUUGCAUUAAUUAAUGGUAUUGCUCUAUUAUAUUUUGAUUGCUUCCCUAAUUUCAAUUCUUUACCCGAAUUCAACAAAGCCACAAUCUCUUCAAUCCACAACAAAUUAAAUUUAUUUUUUAUGGUAUUAUUAUUUCUUCUAUUCUUCAUACUUAUUGGAUAUCUGCUUUGGAUCAGUCUUUCAAUAAUUAUUUCUUCAGAAAAUCAUGUGGGGAAAGGCUUUUUUGUAAUUGUUACUUUAAUUUGUUUUGUUGUCGUUCUGUGGAUUUAUUUUAGUGUUGUGAGUUUAAUUUUGAUGGAUUAUUUCAAAAAGAAUGAGGUUGAUGUGAAAAAGGAGGAGGAAAAGUUUAUUGUUAGGCAUGUUUGCACUAAUGGUGGAAGAGAUUGUCAUUAUGUUUAUCUUUAA